AUGAUGGAUUUGAUGUGGUUAAUUGCCUUACUUCUUGGAGCUGCACUUGGAUAUUACAUCAGUACUCUACGACAAUCUCGCCGCAUUUUUGUCUCCUCCAAAUCUGUCGCCAUAAACGCUGCUUCCAGUUCAAAUAAGAAGAUGAAGUCCAAGGAACCCCUCGAGAUUGAGAAAUUCACCGAUUUCCGCCAAAAAUUCAAAAUGAUUUUGGUGGUUAGGAAUGAUCUUAAAAUGGGUAAAGGGAAGAUUGCAGCUCAAUGCGGUCAUGCAACUUUAGGGUUAUACAAAAAACUCGUUCAACGGGCGCCAAAAGCCUUGAACAGAUGGGAAUACUGUGCUCAGCCAAAAGUCGUGGUCAAAAUCGAGAGUGAGGAAGAGAUGCUAGUUUUGCAAGAAAAAGCAGAGUCCCUUAAACUGCCAACGCAUAUCACCAUUGAUGCCGGAAAAACACAGAUCGCUCCAAAUUCAAGGACAGUAAUGGCUAUUCUUGGACCCGUGGAUCUUGUUGACGAUGUAACAGGUGGACUAAAGCUUAUGUAA